AUGGAUGUUAAUGCAGCUGAUGGAUCCAUUUAUUUCUUUGAUAUUACUUCUCUAUGUAUAGACCGUUUUCAAUCUGGAAACAUCGAUAAUGUCAACUGUGGGAUUUCCAGCUCAGUUUUCACCUCAAUAGCAUAUGAUUGGGUAAGUGGGAACAUGUACUGGACGGACGGCUUCUUUAACUGGAUCGCGGUUCAGCCUGUUGAUACUACGGAUCGGAGCAUGUACAGGGUCAUAAUCCAGGACGAUAUAGAAACACCCAGAGCAAUGGCGUUGGAUUCGCAAGCAGGAUAUAUAUUUUGGUUUGAUACACCAACAUCUGGCCACCGAAUUGAACGAGCGCAAAUGGAUGGAACAAGCCGAAUUCCAAUUGUCACCACCAGUUUGUUAAUUUUAGAAGAUAUUGAAACAGACACUGUCGAACGAAGACUAUAUUGGACAGACCGCUGGAGAAACUCUAUAGAAUCCUCAAUGUAUGAUGGAACGGACCGAAAAAUUGUCUUUAAACAGUUGAAUUUCGAGUUCCGUUACAUUGCAGUAGACACGGGACAUGUUUGUGCAACCAUACAUGAUGAAAAUGGUUGGAUUUGCAUUGUCAAGUCAACAGGCCUGGUUGCUCUGUAUCGCUCCGUAGAAGUUCCUUCCUCAAAUCCAGUCGUUAUUACCAUGUUUAAAAAAGAACUACAGCCUGUUCUUCGGGAUAGUUGCAUGACAUUGGCAUGUGAACACUUCUGUGUAAAUAUCCAACCCAGUGGUAAAUGCAUGUGUAAAGAGGGAUAUACGCUGGAUACAGACGGAUUACACUGUUCAGAAAAUCACCUACUUUACAGUAAAGCAAUUGUAGUUUCCAAUGCCACCAACAUAUGUAUGCUGAGUUUCCGCACAGUUACUAGCCACAGUGAUCCUCUUCGUUGUGUUGGUAACGUUGUACAAGGUUGUCAGCUUCUGACUGUCGACACCAGUAACAAACUUAUCUACUACGUGGACACGACAUCAAACUUCAUCAGAGAAUACAACACAGCUACAGACGGAAACCGACAAAUUACAACAGUGGGGACAGUGUCGGGGAUGGUGUUUGACUGGACAGAUGGAAAUCUGUAUUGGUCGGAAUCUACCACAGGCAAGGUGAAAUACGUUACCAUAGCAACUGAUUUUGCCAAGGAGCUAGUACAAGUCUCUUCACCUCCUUCUCACCUAACUAUAGAUCCACACACCAGGACACUUUUCUGGGUGGAAGGAACGAGUGGAUAUAUAAUGAGGAUUGUUUCCAUGUCACUGCUCAGCAAAGAGCAAUCCGUGAUAAUGAGCCAUCCAUCACCUGCUUAUAUAAAGGACAUAUUCUUUGAUGUUUCAAGCGACAGGGUGUACUUCGUCCAUUCCGACAAGCUCUUAAGCAUUACACGUAAUGGAAGUGAUUCACAUAACUACUACACGGGUCUUCAGUCUGUGGAGAAAUUUGUGAUGUACAAGUUUUUCUCAGGUGGUGAUUCGUUUCCAACUGUCCUAGCCAUGGAUCAUUCAAGCGGUAUUCUUUACUAUGCCGUACAAGGUGAAGCCGGCACGACAUCCCCUGGUAGUGUUGGUGUAUUGCAACCUUCUACAGGAUUGGCUAAAACUUUGGUGGAAAACUUAAACAUUGUAUACGGCUUAGUUCUGCAUCCAUCAAAGGGGUUUAUGUUCUACACGGAUCAUGAUAAAGACGAUUCAUUCUUAAACAUUGUCCGAGCUUCUAUGAACGGGAUGUCUCCAAGAGUCGUAAUCGCCCUGGAUCCCGACGACUUCCUCACAAACCUUGCUAUUGACUACGCAGCUGACAGACUGUACUGGUCAUCACUAAGGGGAGAUAUUGAGUCCAGUAGUCUUUCUGGUACUUCUCGGACUACCUUCAACACCCCUUUUACACGGAUACGGUCUAUAGCUAUAGCUGGAGGUUCUAUGUAUAUUACGUCUGAAAAGAAACAUAAAGUAGUUAAAAUGAAUCUGAGGACUGAAACAGAAGUUACUUUUAUGGCAGACAACACCGAAUUGGGGUUUUUGAUCAACGUAUUUGUGUAUCCGGGACAAGUGCAACCAGUGAGUUCCGUAUGUGCAAACAACAAUGGCGGAUGUAGUACCUUCUGUCUGCCCAAAUCAUCUCCUUCUUCAUCAUACUGCGCAUGUCAGGAUGGUACAGAUCUCAAGUCAGACGAUCCUCAUACGUGCGAAGGAGUAACACGCUGCCCAUUAGAUAUACCAAAUGGAAAGUUUGAAGACUCGUGUACACGUUACCCAGCGGAUGUGUGUACGUUCCAAUGUGAAUUGGGUUAUACCAGGAAAGCAGCGUCAAACACAGUGACUUGUGGACAGGAUGGACAGUGGAAUGGCAAUGCACAACUGUUCUGUCAACUUGAAAAUAACCCCAUGGAAAGUCCUGACAGUCACCAGAUAAUGAUAUACAUAGGAGCAGGACUUGCUGGACUGGUAAUCAUAUCGGUCACAAUAGUAGCGAUAGUAUGUGUCGUAGCGAGAAGGAGACAAGAUUCACAGGGUCGCUCGGCAACAAGGAGUGUUCCAAACGUAUACUAUACAGCCAACCAUCCUAACCAGGAAGGAAUUAUCGCUGUUGAAGUGGUUAACAAUAGCACGAGUGAUCUAGCUGCCCCACUUCCUGGAAAAAUUCUACCCACUUCAGAUAUCCGUACCCCAGCGUACUCAGUUAGGUCAGAUCACACUUACGAUACCAUCAAUCUUGACGACCCUGCUCCCCCAUACGAGGAACCAAUAAUCCGUCAUGGUCCUUCAGCGAGAUCGGAUACGUCGACCGUCUCCGUGAUGAAAGAGGAUUCAGAUUAUUUGACACCGAUACACAAACAUAAUUGA